AAACCAUAACUACUAACGAAAUCUAAGUGUUCUUUUGAUAAAAUGGCUCUUACAUUUGAACGUGCAUUCUCUAAUAUACUUAUAUUAGUAGUUUCACUCUUAAUAUUAGUGACCCCUUCCUCUUGUUUUAAUCCAAAGAAGCUUGUUAAUUUAACUUCAUACUCAUCUGAUUCAGAUUGGUCACCUUCAGUGGCUACUUGGUAUGGGGAAGCCAAUGGAGAUGGAAGUGAAGGUGGUGCUUGUGGAUAUCAAAAUGCUGUUGGGCAACCACCAUUCUCUUCAAUGAUAUCCGCCGGAAGUCCUGCAAUUUAUGACUCGGGAAAAGGUUGCGGUUCUUGUUACGAGGUGAGGUGCACAGGAAAUUCUGCAUGUUCAGGCAACCCUGUGAGGGUAGUUAUCACUGAUGAGUGUGCUGGCUGUGGCUCAGAUGCUCAAUAUCAUUUUGAUUUGAGUGGUAGUGCUUUUGGGUCAAUGGCAAUUUCAGGUCAAGAUCAACAACUACGCAAUGCUGGAAUAAUACACAUGGAACAUAGAAGAGUUAAAUGCAACUAUGGUAGAUCAAUAGCUUUUCAUGUGGACUCUGGAUCCAAUCAAGAAUACUUUGCUGCCUUGAUUGAAUAUGAGAAUGGAGAUGGUGAUCUUAACAGAGUUGAACUCAAGGAAGCACUUGACUCUUCCACUUGGGAUUCCAUGCAACAAUCAUGGGGAGCUGUUUGGAAAUUUGAAAAAGGAGCACCAUUGAAAGCACCAUUUUCAAUUAAGCUAACUACACUUGCAUCUGGCAAGACUAUUGUGGCAGAGAAUGUGAUUCCUGCAGGUUGGAAGCCUGGUCAGACUUAUAGAUCAAUUGUGAAUUUUUAAUCCUAAAUAUUUUUCGUUUACAAUGUUACUAAUGAAGAUCGAAUUUAAGAUUCCAUGUAUACUAUCUAAACUACUAGAUUAAACCUAGUGGCUAUAUAUUAAUGUACGUUACUUUGGGAUAUGUAUUAGCAUAUAGUGCUAUAUGUCCUACUCAAUCAAGUCAGCUGAAGUGGACUUUGGAUUGUUUGUUGUAUCAAUUAAAUAAUGAAAUGAUGUCUUUUUAAAAUCAAAAUAUAUGAAGGUACAAAAGCAUUAUUGAAAUGAUUAACAUUAUUUAUGUU